AAGUUUUUUUUUUGACGUUCGUGGCGCACACAGUCGGCACUCCUUUAAUGUGACAUUUAAUUAUUAUACGUAAUUUACAAAUUUUCCCAUUUUGACAACAUUGUCCAAAAUAUUUUACAUGUCUGAGCGUUAAUUGGUUAUGGAAAAACAUGUAAACACAAAAUUGAGUUACAUUAUUCAUGUUCACGGAUUCAUCAUCAUUAAAUAAGUUUAUCAUUUUUAAAUGGACGUGUAUGAAUGACAGGAAAAUCGAGUAUCUGGUCAUUUCUUCAUUACGAUGCUUUCUGGUGACGGAACUAUUCAUUCCAAGGACCUAAAUCAUGCAGACGCAGAAGCACGAGAUUCACAAAGCAGGCUACGUCACAGAAAAGCAAGAAAUCCUCUACUGGACAAAAUGGUUGGUUCAGGAAGUGGAGAACCACUUGAACAGAACUUGGAGGACAUUAAAAUGGAAUUGGAGAUCGACUCGGAAAGCGAAAGCAUUGAUGAGGACACACAAAGAUUGAUACCAACUCCUUUACCAAAAGUCGAUAUCAAAGGCCUUAAUCAUAAUAAUUCAGUGAAUAAAUCGCCGAUUAAUUUAUAUGAAAAUGAUAAGGAUGAGAGUGUCUGGUCAAUUUCUAUUCAAAUGUUUAUACCAUUUUUACUCGCUGGAUUUGGAAUGGUUGCGGCAAGUUUGUUGCUUGAUGUUGUGCAGCAUUGGGAUGUUUAUCAGAAUGUAUCGGAAGUGUAUAUACUUGUCCCUGCCUUGUUAGGUUUAAAAGGCAAUUUAGAAAUGACAUUAGCAUCGCGUCUUUCAACGCAAGCAAAUCUUGGUCAUAUGGAUACAAAAAGUCAACAAUGGACGAUAAUUGUUGGUAAUUUGGCAUUAAUACAAUGUCAGGCGAUGGUUGUUGGUUUACUGGCAUCAUUGGCUGCUGUUGCAUUAGGAUGGGUACCCGAAGCAAAAUUUGACAUUCAUCAUGGCCUUAUUCUUUGUGCAAGUGCAUUGGUCACUGCCUCGGUUGCCAGUUUUGUUCUUGGUCUCAUUAUGUCGGCGGUGAUUCUUCUCUCGCGGCAUAUGAGCAUUAAUCCAGACAAUGUGGCAACUCCAAUUGCAGCAUCCUUGGGAGAUUUAACAACACUUGCACUACUCUCGUGGAUUGCUUCACUUUUAUAUAAUGCGAUAGAUACAGCGCCAUGGAUAGCGCCAACUUUAGUAGUAAUUUGUCUUUUUUUAACUCCAUUAUGGGGUUAUAUUGCUGCAAAAAAUCCAUUCACCAAAGAAGUCUUGAAUGACAGUUGGACGCCUGUGAUUUUGGCAAUGAUAAUCAGUAGUUUUGGUGGACUUAUUUUAGAUUACACGAUUUCAAAUUAUAAAGGUAUCGCUGUAUUUCAAUUGGUUAUUAAUGGCGUUGGUGGAAAUCUCGUUGCCGUCCAGUCUAGUAGAAUUUCCACUGAUCUUCAUAAACAACAAGGCAUGGGAAUUCGAGAGAUACCAAAAAUUUGUGUCAGUCCAUUUCAUGUAUUUUUUGCUUCAGGAGGACAUGCAAGAACUGCAAGAGUUCUUUUAAUGAUGGUGAUACCAGGGCAUUUAAUCUUCAGCUACACUAUCAGUUAUUUACAAGCUGGUCAUACGUCAUUUACGCCGAUAUUUCUCACUAUUUACUUGAUAUGUGCAUUUUUGCAGGUUAUAUUAUUGUUAUAUAUUGCUCAAUUAAUGGUCAUUUGGAUGUGGACAAAAGGAAUGGAUCCUGACAAUUCAGCGAUACCAUAUCUAACGGCUGCUGGCGAUCUUAUCGGAACGGCUUUUCUCGGUAUUGCAUUUCAUAUUCUCAAUGCUAUUGGUGAUGGUGAUUCGGACGUUGGUGAUUGAAUGAAUGAAAUAUUUUUUAAUUACAUCGAUUAUAUUGAACAUAUCUUUCUCGAUUCUCGUAAAAAAAAAAAAAAAAUUGUUGUCGAAGAAAAUGAACAAGAUAUUUAUUUGUCAACCAUAACAAAAUUUGGUAAAGUGAAAUAGUUUUUUUUUAAAAAAGUUUUGUAGGAUUUAAAUGUAUUUUUUAGAUAAAAAACAAAAGGUGCUAUACUGUCUGUAAGUCAGGAUAUUUGUUUUUAUCAAAACAUAAUUUUGAUAGAAUCUUCACACAAAAAUAGCUUCUUUCAUUGAACAUUAAAUCAUUAAAUUAAUGAUUAAGUUAGCUUCAUGUUGUAUUAGAAAUUUAUUAUCUGGUUAUUGAUGUAACAUGGAUUAUUUUUCUACUCUUGUGAAUUCAAGUAAUCAGUCAAUUUGCAUGUGUACUUAGAUUGUUUUAGGUAUUAUUUUUGAAAUGAAAACAUUUUCUUUGCUUUUUAAAAGAUUUAAUCUUUUAAGCAGGAUAUUUUUAUUCAAUAUUAUAAAAUAUGUAUAUUAUAAUAUUAUAUAUAAUAUAAUAUUAUAUUAUUAA